AUGAAAUUCUCACACUCGUUGCAGUUCAAUUCCGUACCGGAAUGGUCUACCAAGUAUCUGGCCUAUUCUCAACUGAAGAAGCUGAUCUAUUCCUUGCAAAAGGAUAAGCUGUACAGCAACAACAAACACCACAAUGCGCAGCCCCACGAGGCCGACGACGAGAGCCUGCCGCUCUUGUCCGACGCAUCUCCAGAUGACCAGUUCUACAUCUCCAAAUUUGUGGCUGCUUUGAACCAAGAACUGAAAAAAAUUGAUAAAUUCUAUAUAUCUCAAGAAACGGGCCUCAUCGCCAACUACAACGAGCUAAAGGACGAUGUUAUGGAACUAGAGAACAGCAACAAGGCCAACCAGCUGUUCAACCAGCAGCAGCAGCAGCAUCAAACACAGAACGGGGUAAGAAGCAGGAAGUCCAAGUCGCAGCAGCGUCAAAGAAGGUUCAGUAGUGUCUCCUCUACGGACUCGAACCCCUCCUUGACAGAUAUGUCCAUCGAUUCCGCGCCCGUCAUCCGUACCCAGGUCUCAAACACCACCAACAACGCGAACUCUUUGCAAAAUCUCGCCUCCACUUCAGCGUCUCUUUCCAACACCAACUCGGUCUACCUCUCCCCCAUCACCCAGCACAGGUUGUCCUUGAAAAAGAGAUUGAUAUCCGUCUACACCCAACUUUCCGAGUUGAAGGACUUUAUCGAGUUGAACCAGACCGGGUUUUCCAAGAUUUGCAAGAAGUUCGACAAAUCUCUAAACACCAACCUGAAGCAGAACUACCUGAACUACAUCAAGUUUCACUCGCACGUCUUCAACCCUGCCACAAUAAACAGAAUCCAGCACCAUAUCUCCGAGACCAUUCUUACGUAUGCCAACUUGAACAAGGAUACCCGCCAACCCUCCACCACUUUUAACCUGGACGCGGACCAGAUCAAUGACUACGACAACGACGAAGGAGACUAUGACGAAGAAGAUAGCGACGGCAACAGGCAGGAAAUCGUUGAAUUCCAGGACGCCGAACGCGAACUGUCCUCCCAUUUGAGGGACCAUGUCGUCUGGGAAAGAAACACAGUCUGGAAGGAUAUGAUGAAUUUAGAAAGAAAAUAUCAGUCCGCCAAGACCGAUAACAAAAAUUUUAUGAAGCUAAGUUCCAGCCAAUUGCGGCCCAACGCCAAUAUCUCGGAAUCCAUGGCAAUGGCAAACGGCAAUGCCGGCAUUAUUGCUCCCUCGUCGGGCUCCUUGACCUUCCACCAACUGAUACACUUGCCGCCCAAGCAAUGGCUCCAAUUCCUCGCAAGCCAAACAUCCUUACUCAAAUUCGUAAUAAUCACCUCCAUUUUCAUCGCACUAUUGACUUUCAACUUAACACCAUUCACCACUGAUUCCUUACAGAAAAACUGUUUCGCCAUCUUGAUCUAUGCAUCUCUGCUGUGGGCCACUGAAACAAUCCCCCUUUUCGUGACCUCUUUGAUGAUUCCCCUGCUCAUUGUAGUGUUCCCCGUCAUCAAGGACCCAGUCACCUCCCAGCCCAUGGCCCCUCGUGAAUCUUCCCAGUUCAUCUUAUCGUCAAUGUGGUCAAGUGUCAUCAUGCUUUUGUUAGGUGGGUUUACUUUGGCCGCUGCUCUUUCCAAAUACAACAUCGCCAAAAUCCUUUCCACCCACAUUUUGGCCUCUGCCGGUACAAACCCGCAUUUCAUUCUCUUAACAAACAUGUUCGUAGCACUCUUUGUCUCCAUGUGGGUUUCCAACGUCGCUGCACCCGUGCUUUGUUAUUCCAUCAUCCAACCUUUGCUAAGAACACUUCCAAGGAACUGCACCUAUGCUAAGGCCUUAAUUCUAGGUAUCGCCCUCGCCUCUAACAUCGGUGGUAUGUCUUCCCCCAUCGCUUCUCCUCAGAAUAUUUUCUCCAUUGGCAUAAUGGACCCUUCGCCAUCUUGGGCCGAAUGGUUUAUGAUUGCGUUACCGGUGUGUUUCAUUUGUAUCAUGGCGACUUGGGUUCUCUUGAUCAUAACUUUCCCACCCGAACCAAAUGUGAAAAUCCUACAAUUGCAUCCAUCUCGUGAUCCGUUCACUUUGACACAAUGGUUUGUCAGUUUAGUUUGUAUUACAACAAUUAUCCUUUGGUGCCUUUCCAACCAAAUCUCUGGUGUUUUUGGUGAAAUGGGUAUAAUUUCCAUCAUACCGAUUGUGGUUUUUUUUGGUACAGGUCUUCUAACCUCAGAUGAUUUCAACAACUUUAUGUGGACGAUCGUCGUCUUGGCCAUGGGAGGUACGACUUUAGGUAAAGCGGUAAGCUCAUCUGGUUUAUUGUCCACAAUGGCACACCUAAUCAAAUCGCAUGUCGAACAUGAACCGAUUUUUAUCAUUGUGUUGAUCUUUGGUCUUGUAAUUCUUGUAAUGGCAACUUUUGUUUCACACACCGUCGCGGCAAUGAUCAUUGUCCCACUAAUGAGCGAAAUCGGUGCAAACUUGCCCUCAGGUGAUCAUUCUAGAUUACUAAUCAUUAUAGCUGCUUUACUAUGUUCCAGUGCUAUGGGUCUACCAACCUCUGGUUUCCCCAACGUGACCGCAAUUUCGAUGAUUGAUGAAGUUGGUGAUAGGUAUCUGACCGUGGGCACAUUCAUUACAAGAGGUGUCCCAGCUAGUUUAUUAAGUUAUGUUGUUAUUGUCACAGUAGGCUACGGUCUCUUGAAGUUAAUGGGAUUUUAA